GCCAAACUUUGCGUGGACGCCGAGCAGGUCUUCAUCAUGUCGGCCAAGAAAGGCGGCAAGAUGACGUCCCUGAUCAACUAUCGACUCAAGGUCACCCUGACAGACGGACGGUCAAUGACAGGUCACAUGCUCGCUUUCGACAAGCACAUGAAUCUCGUCCUUGCCGACACGGAGGAGUUCCGACAGAUCAAGAAGAAGAAAGCCGCCAAGUUGGCCGCUGCACAAGACGAGGAAGAUGCGCCCGAACCACCACAGGAGAUCAAGAGGACGUUGGGCUUGGUGAUACUGAGAGGGGAGAUGAUUGUGAGCAUAAGCGUCGAAGGCGGACCGCCCGCGCCGGGCACAGACACGGCCUCCAAGCUCAUUGCCGGCGGAGGAAGAGGCGCACCUGCAGGUCGUGGCAUGGGCAUGGUGGCUCCUCCGGGAGUACCGCCGCCUAUGAUGCGAGGCGCGCCCAUGUCCUUCAUGCCACCACCUGGAAUGCCAGGCAUGCCACCGCCAGGCUUCCCUAUGGGUCCACCACCCGGUUUCCAGCCUCCGCCCGGAUUCGCACCACCGCCUGGCUUUGCUCCUCCGCCGGGAUUCGGGCCCCCGAGAUGAUGCUGUAGGAUGCAAAGACGAUGUAGCAACAACAGCCGGACGGUCUACAGGCUCGCUGAGUGAUCUACGAGAGGAAUGCGAUGACCUCCUCGACCUUUUUGCAGUCGUGCUCACCCAGACGGCCGCCAAUCUGUGGACUAUGAGCAUAAACAAGCAGAGAACCAUGCUCGGAAACCUUACUCGGCUAGCAAGGGAGUCUGAACCCGAGUGUGUGACAGCACGGAGCUUGAUCAGAGUUGGGAUCUCGGUGAGAGAGAGAGGCAGGGCUCUGAGCGGAUUAGCUUCGUCUUUCCAUCUGUGUGUUUCCAUCUCAGCACAUUUGAGCUGCGCAGUAGGACAACCAAGGCCGUACUCUCGCUUGCUGCCCGCCCAAACAAUCAGGCAAUCUUUCUCGGGACCGACAUUGAAAGCUGCUUGGAGGAUCGGCCAA